UGGCAGGUUAUUGGAAAGAGUAUUUUGAUUGGUUAUGGAAUAACUUUCUUUGCUGGAGGUUGCUUAGCACUCUUCUCACCAUUAUUCAAUUUGGCAACAAAUGAUCAGUGGCACUUAAUGAAAGCAGGGGUUCCUCAUUUGAUUGUCUACACUGCAUUUUUCUACUUCUCAAUCUCUGCUUUCCUCACUUCUUUCAUUCUAAAUGUUAUCUUCCUAUACUGCCCUGUACUCAACACACCCAAAUCCUCAUUCAAGGCGUAUCUGAAUGAUUGGAAUGGUAGAUCAUGGGCCUUAUUGGCUGGGAUUCUGUGUGGGAUUGGGAAUGGUUUACAAUUCAUGGGAGGUCAAGCUGCAGGAUAUGCCGCAGCUGAUUCUGUUCAGGCACUUCCUCUUGUGGGCACCUUCUGGGGAAUAGUUCUGUUCGGAGAAUAUCGGAAGUCGUCGAAGAGAACAUACAUCUUGCUGGUGAGCAUGAUAGCCAUGUUUAUCGUGUCGGUAGUAUUGCUCAUGGCAUCAUCUGGGCAAAGGGCGACAAGCUGAAAAUGUGAGACCAAGAAUCCUAGUACUUCAUGUCAAUGUACAGGGAUCAUGAAACAUAGAAUCUCUCAGGCUACUGCUGCAGUUGAGGGCAGCUUCAAAUCCAGAAGGAAAACAAAAAAGGAAUUUGUGAUUUCAAAUCCUAUAUAUGUAUUUGUCUUGAAUGAAUUAAUAACCAGAUACUAUAUUUCGGUGAAGGAUUCUUUAAAUUUCUUUGUUUGGGCGUUUACUCAACUACUUGAAACUCUGGAAGAAAAUACACAAACGGAUGGGUGUGAACAAUACAGCAUUACUAGGCAAUGUGAACAAAGUAAUAUAACAAAAAGAAGACAAGUGUUCUGUAAUUUAUCACAUCAUUUGAUGCACACCUGUUUUUUUUCUUAGGAAAAUUAUAAGAUUAUACACUCCUGGAUUUGGGAUUACAAGGUUACUUACUGUUUCAUUUAACAAAAUUAUUCAAAAUUGUUAUGUUUGUCUUGAAUUCUUGACCCAUUUUGAAGAUUGACCCGCUCUGACAAAUUUUGAUGGCAAUCUCAAUAAGAUUUUUUAUGAGGUCUAUGAUGAUAGCAUCAGCCCAACCCCAGAUGGAUUAAUCGGACUUAGAGAU